CUCGACACCCACCCUAUUUCGCACCUUCAUCCUCUCACCCAAUCCGCAAUCUGCGGCAUCUCGAGAUGGUCCGUAUUCACCUCAAUCUUGCACCAGCAUCGGUUGGUCCCUCAUCGAGCAAGAGACGUCGGCUCAAUGGCGCCGGCGUCGAUCCCGACCAAGGCUCCUCUGCAGCCAGCAGCAGCGUGCCUCGUCCACUCCUCGCGCUCAGCCCCAAUGGCGAGCUCGUACUGAUAGAGCUACAGGGAUCGCUCGAAAUGGAGGACCAAGGUGGUGCGGAGGGAGAGUCAUCGACAAUCGGCGAACUCAUCUGGGGAGAGGGCCGCGAGGACAAGCCCACGCUGGUGCUCUCUCACCAUCGCCUCGAAGGGAAGCUGGCUACUCUGUCUAAGCCUUUGGCUGUCAUCGAGAAGAGGAAAAGAGUGGACCAAGAGGAGGAAGACGUAGAUAGAGAGGACGGAAGAGAUGGGGGUGUAGGCGAGGCGCCCAAGAACAAUGGUCAUGGCGCUGCUGGAGAUGCUGCAUCUGGACCACUAUCAUCGUCCUCGACCACGAUCCACGCAAGCAAAGAAGAGGAGGAGGCUCGAAGACUACCGACAGCAGCAGCAGACGACGAUGAAGACGAUGCGCUCCGCCUGUCGGCCUUGCUGGCGGACAGCGAUGAUGAAGACAAUCGUGACGCGAGAAUAAAGCGACAGCGUCAUGCAGACCCCGUCUCACCGACUGCAGAACGCCGCGGCAAGCUGGGAGGUAAAACGUCCAUCAGAAAUGGUGAGCUGGGUCGUCCACCUGCGAGCAACAGAAGUGAGCCAGCUGUUCGCGCUGGAGCAGAACGACAAGGCGAAGAGCAAACGGCCAUGCCACAGACGACCGACCCACGCUCUUCCCCUCCCUUGAGGUCGAGCAGCCCCGCACCAGUGCCAGCUCCUCUCCACCUCGGCAGCUCAAUCGACUACAGCAGCCCUCCGGCCACGCCGCAGCGUGCGGCGCCCGAGCACCGAGCCAACGACGAUGAUGAGGACGAGGGCGACAGAACGAUCACCGCUCCGCCAACAGCUUCAGUACCCAACGGCAACAAAGCUGCCGAUCUGACCUCUCGGGCUCGCCGCACGCGCCAAACGGCGACGUACUACGACGUGGUCUGCAUUAUCCGUAAGAAGGUCCUCUUCAGCAAGCGGCCCGAGCCACUUGUACACGGCGUCGGCGACGGUGCAAGACUCUGCUAGACCAGACACUCCAGUGCUCAUUGUCAUC